AUGCCCUCCACCAGAGUCAUCACCCUCGCCAACCCGCCCAAGGGGGACAUCAAACCUGACACCUUCAAGGUUGAGACCCAGGACCUCCCGGCCGUCGAGGAUGGCCAAGUUCUCCUCAAGACCGUCGCCCUCGGAAAUCUCCCCGCCAUGCGCACGUGGAUGGACAACGAGAUUGACCCCAAGCGUCUCUAUGCCCCGCCCAUCAAGCAGGGCGAGGUCGUCCGCGCCCCCGGUAUCGGCGAGGUCGUCGAGUCCAAGUCGGACAAGCUCAAGGUCGGGCAGAGGGUCACGGCCAUGAUGGGGUGGACCGAGUACAAGGUCAUCAAGCCAGAGGAGAUUAUGAGUGUCGUCAAUGACAUCAAGGGAAAGUCCGAAUUCCUCCCUCUUACUCUCCUCGGCGUCAACGGUCUCACCGCCUGGGCCGGUGUCUUCCGCGAGAUGAACCUCAAGCCGGAGCACACCCUUCUCGUUUCCGGUGCCGCCGGGUCGGUCGGGACCUGUCUCGUCCAGCUCGCCAAGCACGUCGUCGGCUGCAAGCGCGUCGUGGGCAUUGCAGGGGGGAAGGAGAAGUGCGAUUGGGUGAAAUCACUCGGCGCGGAUGAGUGCGUAGACUACAAGUCCGCCUCCUUCGCCAAGGACCUCGAGGCGGCGCUCCCGGACGAGACGGACUUCUUCUUUGACAACGUCGGCGGAGAGGUCUUGAACGAGGCGUUGACUCGGGUCAAGCGAUACGGGCACAUCACCGUCUGCGGUGCCAUCUCAGGCUACCACGGAAAGCCGCUGCAGCUCACCAACUGGCGCGAGGUCGUGUACAAUCGGUACACCCUUAAAGGCUUCAUCCUUAGCGACCACGCCAAGGACUUUCCCCAAGCGGCCAAGGAGCUCCGCCAGUGGGUCGAGGAGGGCAAGCUCACGGUGGAUAGGGAGACCGUGGUGGACACCAAGUUUGAGGGUAUUCCCCAGACCUGGCAGAAGCUGUUUACUGGAGAGAACCAGGGUACGCUCGUGACCAAGUUGGUGUAG